AUGGCUAAUUAUAUUGGUAUUAUGGAGGCUGAUGUGGACGGGCUGGUGACACCACACCACACCACACCACAGCGCAGCAAAGACAUUCCGUCGUUCAGCCGAACUUUCCCGGCGUAUUUCGCGGCGAGUGUUUCGCGCCACGCGUUCAAAACACAGGACGCGUCGAGCGCGUCUGCUGCGGGCUGCCCGCUGCGACCUGUCACUGCCAUCCGUCAACAUGGGGCGGACCGAGGGUCGGGCCUCGAACGACUUCGGCUAACUUCGGAACGCUCGUUCCCGCAGACGCAAGGUGAUCUGAGUCACAGUGAUAUUUGCAUUUACGACUACCAGCAUAAUAGAGGCCUGAGAAAGAAACUCAUAGGGCUGAGUCGGCUCACGUGUGAAGAUGAACAGCAUCACGACAGAGAUGAUCACGUGGUCAUGGAAACAUUCGCCGACCAGAAAUAUCUGAGCGUGUCGUGUCACAUAAUAUAUAAUGAACUAAUUAAUAAUAAAUCACUUGUCCUGGAUUACACGUGA